UCGAUAUUCUUCAGUACUACAGGGAGAACUGCGUUGACCAUUGUGCAGAACUGUUGUAGUGUUGGAGUGGAUCUCCCUCCUGGAGAUUAUUUACGGAGGAUGGCGACUCCUACAAAGAUGGAGUUUGGUGUCCAGAUGUCAUGUCAGAGUUGUGCCAGUGCUGUAGAAAAUGCCCUCAAGGGUGUAGAAGGUGUGCACUCCUUCAGUAUAGACCUGUCUACAGAACAGGUCGUCGUGGAAACGACCCUUCCCUCAGCAAAGGUCCAGGAACUAUUGGAGUCCACGGGCAGGAGGGCAGUGGUCAAGGGCAUGGGGCAAGCCCACCUGGGUGCUGCAGUGUCCCAGAUGUCCGGCUUUGGUAAGAGUGGUGUCCAGGGGGUGGUCAGGUUUGUCCAGCUGACGGAGAAGAUGGUGGCGAUCGAGGGGACGAUCGACGGGCUGACCCCCGGGCUCCACGGCCUGGCUGUCCACGAGCUGGGGGACUUGUCUCAAGGCUGCGACAGCUGUGGAGACCACUUCAACCCCACCAACUCCUGCCAUGGAGGCCCUGGGGACCAGGAAAGGCAUGUUGGAGACCUAGGUAAUGUCCUGGCCGAUGAGAGAGGAAGAGCGGAAUUUAGAAUGGAAGAUGAAAGAAUUAAGGUGUGGGAUGUGAUUGGUCGUUCCCUGGUAGUGCAUUUUGGGAAGGAUGACCUUGGCAAGGGCAGUGCUGCCUCCUCCAAGCAAGAUGGCAAUGCAGGCCCAGGACUUGCGUGCGGUAUUGUGGCUCGUUCAGCCGGCCUGUUCCAGAACCCCAAGAAGAUCUGCACCUGUGACGGAGUCAGCAUCUGGGAUGAGCGGGAUGUACCAUUAGCAGGGCCAGGGAGGAGACAGCAGUGUUCGCUCUGAAGCCAAAAAAUUUGAACAGCUCACAUUUACCUAGGAGUAGUCAUAUGCCUGUUGCUAGCCUGACUACAUCACGCUUCUAACGCUGCCCUUGCACUGGGCCAGUCAGCCCCUGAUAGGGAGAGAUUAUAAUACAGGCUAGCCUGUUGCUAACUGAUAAUCUUCAAAGAUCAGAAAACCGUCACUACCUUCUGUAUCACUGAACUGGAUUGCAUCCCUUUCAAUCACAGGUUUUGCUUCCUAUAUGGUAUAUUUGACACAUGUAAGACUGCAGAAAAUUGCUACUGAAUGAGAUGAAAAUGACAAAACUUCUGAACAGUUCAGUUUGUGUAUUUUAAUCAUAUGGAAAAAGAAAGAUUGUAGCUAGCUGACAUUUGAAUUGAGGUCUGAAUCAGUACCUAUAGUAGCAUUACAUGGGGCAACAAUAUUACUGUCUUCAUUUUUAAUCAUUAUACAUGUAUUACACUGAAGAUAAUUACACAUUGGAAUAUUUGUAAUGUACAUAUGUGAAAAUGUUUUGAUUGUACCUGUCUAAAUUGUCAACAGUUUGAUUACCUAGUAAGUCGAUUACCUAGUAAGUCUGUUAUACUUCCAUGGCAAUAAAGAUUAUCAACCCUGAUGCCUGAUACAAACACAA